CGAAAGUAGAAGCUGGAGUUCAGCAUUCACCAAAAAUCCAUAACUUGCUCAAGUUCAUCAUCUUCUCGGUUGGCGAUGGCGAUGGUGUCCUCAAAUAAUAAGGAUUGCGCAACCUCUUCAAAAAAAGACCUAUCGCCACAGUUUACGUAGCUAAUCCUAGUCAUUUUGUGCACCGUUUUGCUAUUGACUCGGGUCCCUGGUUCUGUUGCGGAGGAGUUGUCUCUAUCGCUGCCAGAUUAUUGACGUCUAUUAAAACCCUAAGCUUUUAGCUACUUCCUUGCGAACAAGGAAAAGCGACUGCCCGACGCUCACAAAUUUCUGGAAGACACACAAUAUUCAACUACUUUAGUUUAAGCCACUUAACUUUUGUGCGAGUGUUUUGCUUUUUUGGCGGCUUUUCCCGUAUAGAAUUGCGGAGAUCAGUUUUUGAAGCAUUUAUAGUGUGGGCUUUGUGUACUUCAUUUCCCCUGUCUCUCACAUGAUGGCCUCUCCUUCGCCUGCAACUGCGAGAAAUUAUUAUGGUCUUUUCUCAUGCGUUAGGCUUAGCCUGCUGCUCGCUUUUGCGUUGCAAACUUCCCAGAUUGAAGGCGCAACCAUUGACGUUCGCUACAAGGAAGCAGGUUCGACGCAAUUUAUGCCGCGCCGGCGCGAAGAAACAACUCCAGUCGUGGUGACGGCAGAGCCUGCCCCUGUUCGCCGAGAUGCUGCAUAUGUGAAUUUCGGUCCGCACCCGAAGAAGUUGGGACGCAAGAAACCACACGGUGCGAUGCCGCGCCACGGGGCUGUGAUAGCUUCGCGCAGCAAUGAAACCGACGGGUCGGAGUCCGAUUCCGAUGAAGACUUCCUACACAUCGUAAGUAAGCAUUGCACUUGGAUCACCGGGGUAGAGAUGAACGUGAAGCCGACGAGCAUUCUGAAAGGAGCCAGUAACUCGAAAGCGACGCCGUUGAAGUCGAGACAAAACCUCAGAGGCCUCGAGCAAGAAACGGUACAUCUCCACGAAAUCGGGAGCAGGGAAGCAUUGACACAACUGGCACCGACGAAGCAGUACGUAUUGAGGGGUUUUCCGCCGGUGGAAGAGAACGAGUGCAUUGCGUGCUAUUUCAAGGACGCAGAGACAGGCACAUACGUGCUAGAUGAUGAGAAGCUUGAUCAUUGCUGGGCGACAUACCGGGGUAAGGUUUGUCUCGACAAGGACAAAAGACCGAAGCCGUGUUUUCGACAAGAUCAGAACGGGAACCGGAUCACUCGCGAGGACCAAUACCGGCAAAUCGCAGAAAAGGGGGCUCAUCAUGGUGAUUUUGUGCCGAGGAAGGAACCGCAUUUGAGAGGAGAAGAGCACAUCACGAGCAGGACCGCUGCAAAAGAGCGCUUCAACGAGCAGCAGCAUGGGAAUCCGCAAGACGGGGGCAGCAGCUAA